AUGCAGGCCUUCCGGGACGCGCUACGUUGCAUGUUUAUUCCGAGGUCCGCAAGAGAGCAGGCUAUGGAGGAACUGAGAAAGCUUAAACAGGGAAAACUGUCAAUAGAGCGUUACAUUGAGAAAUACCAGUCCUUGGUGAAGCGAAGUCCUAUGGUGGCUGCGGAGCCCCACUGUAAUUGGUUUAUAGUGGGCCUGUCCCCCGUAGUGAGGCAAACAGUAACUGGCUGGGCCACGGACAAGGGAAUGAGGGGCAAAAAUGUGGAUCUCGUUGACAUGGUGGAAUACCUCCGCAGAAUGGAAAAGAAAAACGCCACAUCCACAGCCUUAGCUGAAAAGGAAGAAGGCGGGCCUCGGAACGAUCCCGAUUUGGACCUAAUGGAUAUUGGGACUGGGAACACCAAGCCAGCUAAACACGGGACUAGAGGCGGCUACCUGAAGGGGUCACCCGAGAUAAUGGCCGCACCUACAGACCCACCUCGAGUCAAUUCAGUACUUGUACAAGUACGAAUAAAGGGACAGGAUUUAAUGGCCCUACUCGAUACGGGAUGUGAAGUGGAUAUGAUAUCGGAAGCCGCAACAAGGAGAUGCAGCCUGCCGGUCUACUCAUUGGCUCAAUGUCUGAGCCUACGCUUCGCAGAUGGCAGGCAGGAUACUGGAAGCGGCAAAACUAUGGGCAUAAAAUGCUCCAUCAGCUCCAAAACAGGGCACAUUCCUAUGACUAGGGACGUCUUCGUUGGACCUGUUCCCCACUACAUAAUACUAGGCAUGCCGUGGGUGACCCAGCGGAAGGCGCAAAUGCGUUCCCCUGAUGAUGCCAUCGAGGUCAUUCCGCCUGGAAGUGAUGAGAGAGUGCACCUCUCAGCGCUCGCAAUGUAA